AUGUCCUGCCAGCAGAACCAGCAGCAGUGCCAGCCCCCUCCCAAGUGUCCUCCCAAGUGUCCGUGCCCCGCCCCAAAAUGCCCCCCAAUGUGUCCCCCAAAAUGCCCCCCAAAGUGCCCUCCAGUCUCCUCCUGCUGCAGUGUCAGCUCCGGGGGCUGCUGUAGCUCUGGGGGUGGGGGCUGCUGCAGCUCUGGGCACGGGGGCUGCUGCAGCUCUGGGCACGGGGGCUGUUGCCUGAGCCACCACAGGCGCCACAGGUCCCACCGCAACAGACACCGGAGCUCUGACUGCUGCCAGCCUUCAGGGGGCUCCAGCUGCUGUGGUGGGGGGAGCUCCAGCUGCUGUGGUGGGGGGAGCUCCAGCUGCUGCGGAGGGGGCAGUGGUCAGGCCUCUGGAGGCUCGUGCUGCUGAAAUGGACCCUGAGCCAGGAAGAGCAGACGUGGGGGCACUACAGUGGCAAGAUCAUCUUCCUUGGGCCUGCCUGUGUUGCUGAGACAUUUUAAUGAAGACUUCAAAUUCUGUUCUAGAAGAUUCUUCUGACCUGGAAUGCAGAAAUUGUCCUCUCUUAAAAACUCCCCUUCUGACCCCUGAUUCCAUCUCUGCAGCCUGCCCUUGGACCCCCAAAUAGUAACUCUUAUGCCAUCCCCCAGAUUAUUUCCUUGGCAGUCCCCUACCUGAAGUCAAACA